AUUCAGGCGAAAGUCGAACUCCUUGGCCCCACGAACGAAAAUAAAUAAAUACCUUGGCGCGCAGGAUCCCGCGUGAAGAUCUCUUCUUGUACUCUUCAGUAUACUUAUAAGAUCGGAGAACUAUUGCACCAUAUACUGCAAUUGAAAUUUAUGUAUUUAACAUAGAAUUCAAUCACAUAUCUGAUUAUCAUAUUCAAAGGACCCGGUUAAUACUCACUCACAAUCGUAAACAUGGCGAACGAAGACAACGAGAAGAAGAGACAGCUCGUGGAGCAAGGCUAUGACAAAAUCGCCCAAACCUACCUUGACUGGACGACUACGAAGAAGACGCCCCGUCUCGCAUACACAGAGAAGAUGCUAUCAAAGAUGGACGCACCAUCAGAUGCUACCGUCCUCGAAUUGGGAUGUGGUGCCGGCGUCCCAGGCACACAGCUCCUCUCCUCCCGCUGCGCCAAGGUCAUCGCCAACGAUAUUUCAAAGGCCCAAAUCGAGCUCGCCAAGACUCGUGUCAAGGGUAACGUUGAUUUUCGGCACGGAGAUAUGACGAAGCUUGAAUUUGAGGCCGCUAGCCUUGAUGCCGUCGUCGCAUUUUAUUCCAUAUUUCACCUGCCGAGGGACGAGCAACCAGUGCUGUUCAAGAAGAUCUAUUCGUGGAUGAAACCUGGAAGCCACUUGCUGUGUAACCUUGCGGCGACUGAUAUUCCUGGAUCGACGGCAGAGAACUGGUUGGGUUCUAGCAUGUACUGGAGCAGCUACGGCGUCGAGACUAAUCUGAGACUGCUUCGGGAGGCCGGGUUUGCUGUUACGGAACAUGAGAUCUUGGAGGAUGAUGAAGACGGAAAGAUUAUUCCAUUUCUUUGGAUUCUAGCCGAGAAGAUCAAAUAAACGACAGGCAUGUAUGAAACGGGGCCUCUGGAUUUAAGCUGGACUACAUGUUGUGUGGGAAUGACUUGGGAGAGUGGGCUACAGGUCUAUGCUACAGGCUCAAAAAAGCGAUAAAUUAUACCAAGCUAUCAGUUUUUGAUCUAAGUGAUCUAAUUCUUGAUGAAAAUAGAGCCCAUGGAUAGCACACCAUAGUAACAGCAUCCGUCACUGCAAAAUACCUGUAAUCAAUAUAAUACUCCUUGAGAAGCUCAUUUAGCUACCAGGACACCUCUGUACCUGAUAGAGCCACUCUUCAUCUUCUCAACCGCCUUCCCAAUUCCCUCUUCCGAGAGGUCAAAUUUCUCAAUAGCUGGCGUGAUCCUGUGAUGGGCAGCAAACUUUAACAUAUCAUUAUGAACUCCACGUGACGCAACGAGAUGAGACUCGAUAUCAUAACCGUUCGUCAACAGUUUACCAGCACUGUGUCUAAGAUUAGUAUGGAUAGAAACUGAAGGGCAAAUUACAG